AGUGGAGGAGUGUUUUACUCUUUGAUUUGAAAACUAACUAAUGGCGCAAGUUUUAUAAAUGAUGUAGAGAGACAUAUCGACUAUAUUGUCUUAAUUCAUUCAUGUCAUCAGUCAAGAUCUGGGGAAGUUUUAUGGCAUCGUCUUGUGUCGUCCUUGUGUUGAACAUUUUACAGUAUUUUCAUUUUGAUGUUUUCAUCGGCAGGCAUCUUUAAUGACGCUAUUAAAUAUGAUAUUCCGCUGUUUUGUCGAUCAGCCAUUUCACACCAGAUCUCAAUACCAAUUGAGAAAUGUGAUCAUUUGUGAAGAAAACGGUAAGACGUACUCAUACCAAAAGUAUUGAUGAGUUGGAGAGUCUGGAGACCUAUAAACUAGUACUAGUAUAUAGUCAUAUAUUUACGAAUUACUAAACGAACUUGAUUUACAUAUUCACCCAGUUAACAUUUAUUUACUCGUAAUUCUUGUAAACUCGUGCAAACUAAAAAUUGCCCUUAAAAAUGUAUUGAUUCUGUAUCUCUGGGUUUGUAACUCCGUCAGGCGCAAUGGUCAAGCGUCAAGGUCAGACUGGUCAGGGUUCAGUGCAGCUGUUACGUCAUUAACAAAAUUGUUCACAUGACCACUGACCACUGACAAGUUUGACAACAGUUUGGAAGAGUUGGAGUUCGAAGCAAGCAUUAGAAUUAUGGCACCUUCUCCAUUACCUAACUACAAAGAUCCCAGAUAUCUUUCACGACAAAAUUUAUCUUCUAAAUCAAAAAUCAGUGAUGUUAUUGCUGGGAACGAAAAAAGUAAUUUUAAGAAGCAAAAAAGGCAGAUAACUGGCAUAAGAGUGCCAUUUUUUUUGCAGGCCUUACCAACCAAAAUCUGUAAAAUGUAUGAGCUAUGUAUUAGAUACAUUAGUUACAUACUUCUCUGUGUCAAAAUAUAUCUUGUUUGGGACAAUCAUCCUUUAAAGAAAGAUAUCUAUGAUCAUGGUACCAAGGUUGCUGUUGAGAAUUGCAAUUUCAAUGAAAAGUCAAAAGAAUUUUUUGAUGUCAAUAAAGCAUUGGAAAGAAAUAGACCCAUUUUACAGGAAUUUGCAGGUGGAAAUGGUUCAGGAAAGACAGAACAAACCUCUCAAACAGAGUCAAAACAACCAAGUGCAACAACACCAUUGUUUUCCAUAACUUCAAAGAAACCUGCAUUCACAAAUAAUCAAGAGCAGGGUGGUGGUGGUCAGAAUGACCCACCUUAUGGAUCAUCAAGGAUAAUUGGAGGACAUUAUGUUGAGUCUCCUGAACCUUUCUAUAAAGGUGUGAUAGACAAAACUGGCAAAAACCAAAGCAACAGCAUUUAUGUUGUUUGUGGUAAGAUUAAUGCAGUAGAAACUGAUGGACAUCAAGGUGUAGUCAAUGCUGCUAAUGGUCUGCCCUGGGAAACUUCUCCUCCUCAGGAAACCCAUUCACAUAAGGAAGAUCAUUAUUCUCAGGAAAGUCAUUCUCAUAAGGAAAACCAUUUUCCUCAGGAAAGCCAUUCUCAUAAGGAAAACCAUUUUCCUCAGGAAAGCCAUUCUCAUAAGGAAAACCAACUACCUCAGGAAAGUUAUUCUCAUAAGAAUGACAAACAAUCUCAGGAAAGCCAUUCCCACAAGGAAGAUCAUUUACCUCUGGAAAGCCAUUUACCUCAUGAGGCCAAUCCAUCUCAGAAUAUUUCUAUUUUCAUGCAAGAUGCAGUUUUUACAAGUGGCCAAUACAGUCAUGAUGCUCCAAGAAUGAAUGAAGAUGGAGCAGCGAAAAUAUUGCAUCCUAUGAAUGAAUGUUUUAGAAAGAAUGGCUUUUAUAAAGAAGGCACAGACUUUGAUAUCUUUGGUGACAUUGGUGGAGGUGGAUUUGGAGAAGUGCAUAAAAUUAUUGACAAGUCUUCAAAGAGAUCAUAUGCAUUGAAGAAGAUACCGGUAAAAAAAUUUGAGAUAAAUGAGUUGAGCAUUUGGGCAAAACUUUUAUCACCUUCAAAGCCUGACUUUAUUGUAACUCUUCUUGGGGCCUAUACUUACAAAGAAUAUGCUUAUGUUUUUAUGGAGCUUAUGAACGACACUUUAAAGUAUGUUGCUUUGAACGGAGUCGCCUUAGAACUUAAUCAAAGAAAAGUUCUUGCUCUCAUCAAACCUGUUUUGCAUGCCCUCCAUCAUAUGCACAAGCAAGGAUUUGUGCACGCUGAUGUAAAAGCUGAAAAUAUUUUCAUCAGUCAAGAUAGAAUUAAACUGGGUGAUUUUGGUCUAUCGGUAAAUCUGAACCAGCAAACUUCUAACGUUUGUUGUCGUGGUACAGUAAAUAACAUGGCCUGGGAAUUGUUCUGUGGUGGUCCAAUCACUUGUAGUGGAGAUGUUUAUGCACUGGCCUGUGUAGUAAUACACCUGUUUGUUGGUUACCCCCCAUGGAAUGAAAUGCGUAAAGAGCAAAUUAUUUUUACGGUUGGGAAAGGUGAACUUCCACAGCUUCCAGAAAACUGCAAUAGUCAAAUGAAAAAACUUCUCCAGGACAUGAUACAACAUGAAAACAGACCGACUGCUCUGGAAGUUUUGCAAAAUCCUUUAUUUAGAGAUACUUCAGUGUCAGUUUUGGACAAUCUCCUCCAAGAAGUUUUGGUGGAUAUAAUGCUACUGAAACACGAACAGCAAAACACUGGUAACGGUGGUCAUGACCUAGAUCUUGUAGAUUGGGCAGAGUCAGUGCAUCAUUCCCAGUCUCCUGCUCUGCUUCAAUAAUUUUUUCGCGUUUUAUAAAAGAUCAGACUGAAUAAAGCUUUUGUAGUCUUUUGUUCAAUUUUCCUAGAUAUAUCAAGAUAUACUACAUUUUGUUAAAUAUGUAUUCCACUCUUGUGACUUAUUGUGUUGUUUAGUUUAUAACUGAGAAAUGUCAUCACUUAACUUACAAGUAAUCGUUAGUUUUAAUGGUAACCUUAUAAAUUACUGCGCGUAUUUAAAUCUUGCACUGAAGUAACUGCAUGACUGAGGAACUAAGUGUAACUGUUCCGGUAACCGGGUCUUUUCCCCUGCAAUCAAUGGCCCCUUACUAGUUAUUGGCUCUGUAGUCAAAGCAAAGUUGCAGGCCUUAAGUAAAAUAUCUACGUGUGAUUUUACACACUUUGUGUCCUUGUUAAUCAGAAAUGUGUCCUUGUAAAUAAAAAAAUUUCUUUAGAAAGAAGAAUUACAAUUAACAAUAUAUUCUUA